UCAAAUCUCUCUCUCACUCUCCCUUUAACGCAAUUUGAAUUGAAUUUCGUGUGGAUCUUUUGCUUCUAUCUCACAAAUUUCAAGACUUUGAGAAUCGUAUAUGUGCUUUUCGGGAUAGGCCUUUGAGCUAGGUUUAAGCUAGAGAUGGGGCGUUUGUGAUUGUGAGGAGUCCUAAAAAGCAAGGCGUGUUCUAUCUUGUGGCUCAUAAGCUACACACCACCCACGCAAACAAAAAGAAAUGAGCUUUGCGUGCCUCGUGUGCCACAGUGUAGAGAGCCCCUCCCACUCGUUUAGAAGCUACUCUGUUUCUAGCUCAGACAAUGAAGGACGUUGCUCCGUGAUUGCCAGCUGCCUCUCAAGGACAUCACUCAUUCAAGCUGCAAGAUCCAACACUUUCCCUGCUUCAUCAUCCUCAAAGGUAACCCCACAACCAAAUUUCCAAGGAGGUGAUCUGAUGAUAACAGAAGGAGCUUCGCCAAGGUUAGUGCGAAGCCGUGCGGUGAGAAGAGACAUUGUCAGAGACUGGAACUUCAACGAAACCGAGACUGAGCUUUAAAAAUUUAAAUCUGACUCUCUUCUCCGUAGAUUAGUAUCACCAUGAAUGGUUCAACCUCAGGGAGAUCUUAUAUUCAUCACUUGUCAAAGUUUUGUAUUGUGCUCACUUCUUUUAUAAACCAAUAAUCUAAUAUUAUUAUCCGUUUUAUUACAA